ACUCUCUUUCCACGUCCGCCAUUUUGUGUUGUCUCAGUACUGUCAAACCACGCGACUGGGCGACAUUAUAUUGUUCAUGUCUGUAUGAACGCCUUUAAGACACGGACAUUCAGAGGGAGUUGAAACUCUUUUAGGAACAGGUUAUCAUCUUCCAAACAAAGUGAAGCAUUGCUAAAUAUUAAAGAUGGGGAAUAUGUUUGGAAAGCUGUUUAGCUCACUCUUUGGCAAAAAAGAGAUGAGGAUAUUAAUGGUUGGUUUGGAUGCGGCUGGUAAAACUACAAUCCUGUAUAAACUGAAGCUUGGAGAAAUAGUUACAACAAUUCCAACUAUAGGUUUCAAUGUUGAGACUGUAGAAUACAAAAACAUCAGCUUCACAGUGUGGGACGUUGGUGGUCAGGACAAGAUUCGGCCAUUGUGGAGACAUUACUUCCAAAAUACUCAAGGGCUGAUAUUUGUGGUGGAUAGCAAUGAUAGAGAGCGAAUUGGUGAAGCUAGAGAAGAGUUGAUGAGGAUGAUUCACGAGGAUGAAUUGAGAGAUGCAGUACUUCUGGUGUUUGCCAAUAAACAGGACUUACCAAAUGCUAUGGCGGCAAACAAUAUCACAGAAAAUCUAGGUCUGUCAACGCUUCGUAACAGGAACUGGUACAUUCAAUCAACGUGUGCAACAAGCGGUGAUGGUCUUUAUGAAGGACUUGACUGGUUAUCCAAUCAGCUUAAGAAUGCUGGCAAAUGCCUGUUUGGCAAAAAAGAGAUGAGGAUAUUAAUGGUUGGUUUGGAUGCGGCUGGUAAAACUACAAUCCUGUAUAAACUGAAGCUUGGAGAAAUAGUUACAACAAUUCCAACUAUAGCAUCUCCAGGUUUCAAUGUUGAGACUGUAGAAUACAAAAACAUCAGCUUCACAGUGUGGGACGUUGGUGGUCAGGACAAGAUUCGGCCAUUGUGGAGACAUUACUUCCAAAAUACACAAGGUUUGAUAUUUGUGGUGGACAGCAACGACAGGGAAAGGGUAGGGGAAGCUAGAGAGGAGUUGACGAGGAUGUUAAAUGAGGAUGAACUCAGGGAUGCAGUUCUGUUAGUAUUUGCUAACAAACAGGAUCUGCCAAACGCCAUGAAUGCAGCAGAAAUCACUGACAAGCUUGGACUCCACAGCCUAAGGAACAGGAACUGGUACAUUCAAGCAACGUGUGCAACAAGUGGUGAUGGUCUUUAUGAAGGACUUGACUGGUUAUCCAAUCAGCUCAAGUCUGCCAAGUGAUAAAAGAUAAACUUUGGCAGGGAUGUGUAACACAAUUUUGUUAGAAUGUGUUAUACAAUUGGGAAAGCUGUUCUAUUGAAUGACUUUCUACAGCGACUGAAAAGUCUCACAAUUUCUUUACUUAAUUUCUAGAAUUUGAGGAUGAAAAAUACUAUUUUUGGCUAGAGGAAUGUUGUUUUUCACACCAUAAUAUGAAUUUUGAUGUUGCAAAAGAUGAAAGAAAUUUUUUGGAAGAACAAAUCGUGUAAAAAAUGCUGCUAUUAAUAUGUUAAGAUUUCAGAUUUUUUAUUUGGGUUUAAAACAUGAGCUUUAUGUAUUUUAGUUGCCUUCAACAAACACCUAGUGUCUUUUCAAAUGCCAGGAUAGUUACUAAUGAACAAGUAUGACGUUAUGAGAUUUUUCUGUUUCCUGUAUGUCCGAGAUGAUGUGGCUUGGAGAUAUGUCCAAUGCCUAGGUCUUUUCUGUGUCAGAUUUUUGUAAUGAACACAGCUUUCUAUCUUGUGUAUAUAUUAUAAUUGAAAUCCUGUGCUGUCAUUGUUGUCAUGUUGUGGUGAAUGGUGGUAAUAUUAUAUAUGAGCUAGUGGGUGUCUGCCUUGAUAUGUUGGCAUGGUAAGGAAUAUGAAGAGGUUUCCUGCUGUAAACCAAAUAUCAAUGGAACCUGUCUGAUUUCCAGUUUAUUUAUAACUCAUCAUGCAGAACCAGUAUAUCUGUAUUCAUGCUUUCUUCCUUACACCAGAUAAAAAUGCUUCAUAUUUCAGUAUCACCAUGGCAUUGUAACUAGUUUAAUGAAAUGUUUAAUGAAAUAUUGCUAUACAAAAUAAAUCCUGAACAAUAAAUAAAGAUUUGAUAUUAAAAUUGGUGGUUUCACUUUCCAAAUUCAAUGUUCAUCUUUUAGAAGAUGUUCCUCAUUCCAUGAUUAUAAAGGACCAAUGUGAUCAGUCCGACAUCAAAAUGUAGAGCACUCAGAUUUAUGUGAGAAUGACUGAUGUAAGGGAUUAUGAUGUAUAUUAUACAGCCAGUGUGAAUGCUUGGAAAAUUAAAUGGUCGUGCAGGAUAUAUUAUAAUGUAUUGUAUUUGCACAUUGACAAAUUAAGUCUGAUUUUCUUGUACAUUUUAUCUGCUUUUUAUUUUAUCAUAUAUUAAAUAGAAUUUGAAUUUAUCAAAUGUCCAUACAGUCUUAGAAAACCAAUAACCUGAAAAAAAGAAAGGUAAGAGAAUUCACCGUGUGUAGUUGGUGUAGAAGAUUCUCACACGAUUGUUAGACUGAGAUUUCUUGUUUCAUGAUUAAGAAUUUUAUUCAUUGGUACCCUCUCUUUUGUCAUGUUAAAUGAUAUCACUACCAUAGUGUUUAACAUUAUGUAUAAGAUGUUUUGGUCCUAGAGAAAACACAGGUUGUCUGGGAGGGCCAACUCAGUUAUCAAACCGUUUAUAUUUUUUGUUAGCCCACCAUCUAUUCAAAUAGAUGGUGGGUUAUUCAAAUCGCCCUGCGUCCCUGGUCCGUCGUCCGUCCGUCCGUCCGUAAACAAUUCUUGUUACCGCUAUUUCUGGAAAAGUACAGGAUGGAUCUUUCUCAAAUUUCAUAUGCAGUUUCCCCUUGGUCCCUAGUUGUGCAUUGUACGUUUUUUGGACUGAUUCGAAUUCAAGAUGGCCGACAGGUGGCCAUCUUGGAUUUUGGAAGUAAAAGUUUAUUACUGCUAUUUCUUGGAAAGUACUGGAUGGAUCUUUCUCAAAUUCCAUAUGCAGUUUCCCCUUGGUCCCUAGUUGUGCAUUGUACCUUUUUUGGACUGAUUCGAAUUCAAGAUGGCGGACAGGUGGCCAUCUUGGAUUUUGAAUGUAAAAGUUUGUUACUGCUAUUUCUUGGAAAGUACUGGAUGGAUCUUUCUCAAAUUUUAUAUGCAGGUUCCUUUUGGUUCCAAGUUGUGCAUUAUACCUUUUUGGACUGAUCCGAAAUCAAGAUGGUUGACAGGCAGCCAUCUCGGAUUUUGAGAGUAAAAUCUUGUUACUGCUAUAUCUGAGGAAGUCCAGGAUGGAUCCUUCUGAUAUUUCAUAGAUAUUUGUUUUCCUUGGUCCCUAGUUGUGCAUUGUACCUUUAUUGGACUGAUUUGAAAUCAAGGUGGCCCACAGGCAGCCAUCUUGGAUGUCGACAGUAAUACAGCACAAGCAUAUUGUCCAUUAUCCACCUGUAACUGACUGCUAUCUAAUAAUACUUUGGGAUCUUUUUCAAAUGAUAUUUGCUAAUAGGUGCUUAAUAAAAAUAUCUUGUGCCAUCAUUGAGUACAUUCAAUGAAGACCAGUUCAUGAACAUUUACAACACCUGUAACAAACAAAAAAAAAAUCUUCAAGAACUGAAAAUUGAUCCUCAAAUGGUGGGCGCCAAGAUCCCUCUGGGAUCUCUUGUUUUGUAAGAAAGUGAAAUUGUAAAGAAAGAAUAAACAUCACGUGAUCAAA